GAGGGCGCUAUGCUGCUUCACCUGGUGGCCGAGUUUGACCUGCAGAGGGAUGUGGUCCCCUGGCUGGCGGCGCGGGGUUGGGCGGCGGCUCUAGAUACUUCUGGGAAAUCGUCAGCACUCUACGUUGUAAAUGUUGAAAGAAACAGUAAAAUUAUUUAUACCUGGAAGGGAAAUGAGAGAAAUACUCACAUUGGAUUGUACGAUCUUCAAACUAAACAAAAUGAGCACCUCUAUAUGUUUGAGAGGGAUCUACGAAUAAUCAGCUGUUCGGUCAACAAUGAAAGGACAUUAUUGGCGGUCAGCUUCCGUCAAUAUACAGAAGAAGAAAGAGUAAGUCGGCUAUUACAGUCAGUAUCCAAGUAUUUAACCUUGCUAAUUGAAAUUCAUCCCAUUAACAAUGUGAGAGUCCUAAAGGCUGUGGAUAGCUGUGUUCAAGUACAGUUUCUUUAUCCAGUUGAAGGCAGAAAUAAUUCUACAGAGAGUCGCCUCUUGCUAGUUUCAGAAGAUAAAUAUAUUGAACAAUUUGACAUUCAUGUUGCAGAAGAAGAACACAAAGUGGUGAUUCAAAACUCAGGUCAGCUUCCAAGAGCCAGAGUUGCAGAUGAUCUCAUUUGGGCACAAUGGGAUAUGGUGGAACAAAGGCUCUUCUACAUUGUUCCAAAGGAAUCAAGGAGUACUUUAAAAUGUGUCCAGUUUUAUCCUGAUGAAAGUUUUAACUCAAUACUGGAAUCACACCUGGAUAUUUCUGUAAAUGACACACGAUUAAAACUUGUGAAUUUUGGAUAUGAUCACUGUCAAGACCAAGAUGUUGCAUCUAAAUCUUUGAAUCUUCAGGUUUUUACAAGUAAAGCAGGAGGCUUGUGUGUGUGUUGUAGUCUAGCCUCUGAUACUCCUGAUGAAAUAAGGUACUCCAUAUAUUUUUUACAUAAAGGUUACAACAAAACUUUUACAGUUUCUCUAGAAAGAACAGAAUCUCAUCAAUUGAAGGAAGUGGCUUUUAUGAAUCUUGACUAUUAUGUGGCUGCUUAUUUGCCUGGCCAGUUCCUGCACCUCCUGAAUAUUGAGCAUCCUGACCUGCUGUGCUAUAGUUUAUUUCUGACAGGUGAGGAUGCAAGAAUUGACAUGUUGCAAAACUGCUCCGUCCAAUCCCCACUCACGUCAACAGUCUUGGACUGCCGCAUAGGAAGUAUGUAUGCCGUGAGCAUCAGUGACAGCGCCUUACUACAGUUCCUGCAGAACAGCAAACAAGACAGCGAGAGAUUGGCAGCUCUACAUUGUGCCCUGUUACACUUCCAACACACAGAAGACUUGGAAAUGCAGAUAAUUUGGUGGAUUUCUGAGAACCUGUCAACAUGUCAUUCUUUUGACCCCAUUCAAGAAUUUAUCAUCGCCUCCCUGUACUGCAGAAUGUGUCCAGAAACUCACAACCUGGAUAAACUUUUGCCCUACACAUCACUGCUUGACUGGAUUGGGAUUAUCCCUGGAGUAACAUGUGCAACAGACAUUAUUUCUCUACCUGUGUUAGAGUUCCAAAACUCCAAAGGCUUCUGGGAGAAACUCAACUCAAACUUGGAGAGUGUGAAGUAUGCAGAACCACACUUGCAUUACCACAGUAAUGUGCUCAGGAGGGAAUGGCGUAACCUUUCAGAAAAGAGAGAGGAGAGAAGAACCACAGCGUAUAUGAGGAAUAUUUUUGAAAAUGCCAAAAAGGUGCUUUCUCAUCUGGACACUUGGGACUCUGAGGAAAGGCUAGUACCUCUCUUUCAAGAAGAAGAUUAUCAGCAGCAAUUACUAAUGGGACUGAUGGUUGCUCAGCUAAAGGAUCACCUUAUGAGACAUCUGCAGUAUGUAGGAAAAAAGAAGAUUGACCAAAUAGUUCUGGAUUACGUUGCAAACCUGCUGAAUCUGGUACAUCGAAUAAUGAAAGAAGUUUGGAGGAGAUACCAGCUUCAUUCCUGCAUCUUCUGCUUUGAUGAGAGAGGAAGUACAGCAGAGUUUGCAGUGUUCCACAUUAUGAGUCGGAUUUUGGAAGCAGCAAAUGGCAUGUGCAUGCCUUUACCUCCUGGUUUUCACACCCUUCACUUCGGGCUUGGUGUUCGAUGUCUCCCUCUGCAUACCCUUCUGCACUAUAUUGAUACUGGAGUCUUGCAUUUGACAGAAACAUGUGUUGGGAAAUUGCUGAAAGAUCUGGAUGACACUGAGAAGAAUGAAAAGCUGAAGUUCAGUAUUGUCAUGAGGCUUCCUGAGGCUCUCAGUCAAAAGGUCCGCCAGUUUUGGAAUCAUCCAAUAAAUGCUAAUUUCAUUGCACGGAAGUAUGUGAAACUUUUGCUUGAGAAGCUGGGGAACAGGCAGUCUAGCAGUCCUAUGCCUGAGAGACUCUCAGUCCCUGUAGAGUUUUUGCCACUUAACUACCUGACUAAUAUGUUGGCAGAGAUAGAGAAUCAAGGUGUGCAUCCAUAUGAAAAACAAGAUCAUGUUAACGUAAGAUUUGUAGAGGAAACGGCACUCAAACACACUAUGACAUUUUUGGGCCUCAAAUAUUCCUGAAAUAACAUGUUCUUGAAGGAAGCUAACUGUGGUACUCUUAUGUAAAAGUAUUCACACAGAAGUGUGCAACCGACUUUUUUUUUGUUUGUUUUAAACUGAAAUGUCAUGUUGUUUUCCAAAUAAUCUGCAGUCUUGUGUAGUCACCAUUACUGAUAUAAGCUACUCAAAAUAUUGUUUGGUGCAACAUAUUAAGGCUGAAAUCACCGACUUCUAGAUAAAUCCUAGAGAAUUCAUCUGAUACAAACCCAGGUUUCCAAUGAAAAAUACCUGUGGUUUCAUUGUUUCACGUUGAAAUGGUCAAAUAAGUGGAACUACAGCGGGUAUCAAAACUUGCUGUGAAAAUUGGUAUUGAUGUCAAUUAUUUUAACAAGAUAGACAAUCCUGAAAAAGGUAGUCCAGUUGUAUUGUACAGUGACAAGACAGUGGUACCUGUUCACUCAUUUAGAUUAAUAAAAUGAUUUCUUGGUGUGUUUAUGUAAAGCAGGUAAGAAUAACAAAUGACGAAUUAGUUUUUUGUAUAUAAUGCAUCAGUAAUAAUGUAUUCAUUCCUCAUGGAGGUCAUGUGUUAUUUUACAGUACUUCUGCCUUUGGAGUUUGAUUCUAGUAUAUUCAGUUUUGUAAUUAGCGCAAAAUAUAAUCUUAAAGUGCCUGUGACAGGUUUUGGUUUGUUUUUUUUUAAAAUGUAUAUAAUAUAUUGUAAGCAAUACAGGAUAAGAAAAAAGUUCUUUAGAAAUUUACCUUAAUGGUGGCUUGGACAGAGUUUUACUGAAUUCUUUCCUUACA